AUGCGAUACGACAUUAGUCGCCGUAGCGCCGAGCGCUCAUCCGGCAUCUCCCCCGCUGGCGGCCGUAUUGCACCAACAUACGACACUGAGCCGGCCAACCGUUUCCGGUACCGUUCAAGCAGUUUGGGACGCAGACCCUCUCACUUCCCUGGACCCCGGUCAACGACCGUCAAGGGACAACCCAGUCGGUAUACGGAUAUCAAGGUUAUCGGGAUGACCCAUGAUCACCGCGGCGCGAUAUUCAUCUAUGUACCUUUGAUCAACGAGUACGGCCUCUGGGAUAGAAUGGAAGACGUUACGACGCGUGCUGGAUUACAUCCCAGUUGGAUGGACUGGACCCAGCCGUGGAUGGCACUAGGCAUCAUGUCAGGUUUCGAUGACUGCUCGACUGGCGGAUGUUUAUCGAUUCCGGGCUCAGGACGAGUUAUCGGCGGUAGACUUCAAGGGAAGAGCGCCUCGAGCUUGAUGGAAGUAACCAAUGUUCUUCUCGAUUCAAGUUACCAGGCCGUCCUGGUCUAUGUCCUCGGACUCUUUUGUGGCGUCGCCGUUCACUUCGGCAUUUUUAUUCACGGAGAAUGGCAUGUACAGGCUCCUCAGAUUGCUCUGAGUCACUUCUGGCUGUUCUCUUGUUUCGCGGCUCUCAGCCGUUACUACAAGGGCUCAGUUGUUGGUGAUCUAUGUCACUCCCUCUUGAUACUAUCCGCUGGUUACCUGCCUGGACUUUUUACCAGCAUCAUCCUCUACAGAUCCUACUUCCAUCGUUUGUCAACUGCUGGCUUCAAAGGCCCAUGGUAUGCCCGAGUCACCAAGCUGUGGCACGUCUGGGCCUGCAGAGGCUGCAAAAAUCAUCUGCUCUUGGAGAAUUUACAUGAGCAGUAUGGAGACUUCGUGAGGACAGGGCCCAGUGAAAUCACUGUUUUCCAUCCAGGAGUCUUCAUGGCUGUAGAUGGUCCCCGGUCUGAAUGCAUCAAGUCUGAGUGGUACGACAUUCUGCACCCCGAUCGUGCGCUUGUGACAACACGCAUCAAGCCCAUUCAUGCUGCCAGACGGCGUGAAUGGAACCGUGGAUUCUCGGCACAAGGUAUUUACCCCAUAGAUCUUCGGAAUCAUGAGCCUAUCUCUAACGAGCCGUACCGCACAACAGCCCUUGUUCAACACGAGUCAAAGAUUCUCAAGUAUAUUGAGCAGCUGGACGUCUGCAUCGAGGCGGAUGCCAAAGCGCACGUUGCUUCGGAAGUGCGGAACCUGUUCUUUUGGUUCGGGUUUGAUGUCAUGGGAGACUUUGUCUUUAGCAAGUCGUUUGAUAUGCUGCACCAGCAGCAGUGGCACCACAUUAUCGUGCGGCUGCAGCGUGCUCUCUCGCUGCUCGGACCGUUCAGCCCUGCUCCAUGGCUCAUCCAGGUCGGCUUCAAGCUGGGACCGCGAAUCAGCGUUCUCAAGGACUGGUUCGACAUGGUCGCCUGGUGUGAGAAACAGAUGCGUGUUAGACUUGAUGAAGGAACUCCUAAGCCAGCCAUUCCUGAUCUCGCCUACUACUUGAUGGAGCUGAACGACAGCCAGACUGAGCUCAAGGAUCGUUUGCCAUGGCUUUAUGGCGACAGCUUGCUCGCAAUUGUUGCUGGAAGGCAACCGACGGCUGCUGCCUUGAUUGGUAUCUUCUGCGAGUUGGCUAAGCACCCUGAGCACGCCGAGAAGGUCUAUGAAGAAUUGAGAGACGUCGAUGCUACCAACCUCAAGACUCUCACGAGCCUCCCGCACCUCAAUGCUGUCAUCAACGAAGGUCUCCGCUUGUACCCAGCCCUUCUCACCGGCGGGGCCAGGAAGACGACGGAGAACGGGGCCACGAUCGGUGGGACAUUCAUCCCGCCCGACACGACAAUCAUUGCCCCGCGUCACGUUAUAUCCCGAAGGGAGGACUGCUUCGAGCGCGCCAACGAGUUCAUCCCUGAGCGAUGGAGUACGCGGCCAAAGAUGAUCCGCAAUGUUGCAGCUUUUGCGCCAUUUGGAACAGGUAUGGCGAUCUUUGUCUUUUGUCUGCUAUAUGAUAGCUUUUGGUCGACUAAUCCGUCUCUUGCAGGUCACCACAGCUGUCUUGGCCGUUUCCUGGCCACCGACACUAUGAGAUUUGUUGUUGCCAGACUUGUGAAGAAGUACCAUUUCCGCCUCGCACCAGGAGAGACGGGCAACCGAGUCUUUGACGACGUGAGGGAUCAGUUCACCUCUAAUCCGGGUCCCCUGUCGCUAUGUUUCGAGUUGAGGUGA